AUGGAAAAAUACAUCAAGAUCUGUUGCAUGUUCAUGAUAUUGAUAUCAACUUUGAGCUGCGUGGCAAUGGAAAGUCCUGAGUGCAAGGCUAAGAGAGAAUUAGAUAUGCAGUGCAGUAAGUACUGCUACACAGUUCUGAAGCCCCUUCUUCAACACGCCUCAUCUAUGCUCGUGAAGGAGAAGUCUCUAGCAGAAAAACAACUUAAAGUUGACGAAUAUAUUCAGACUAUAGCAGAUCAACAGAAAACAAUUGAGCUUAAAGACAAAGAAUUGGAUGCCAAGAUUCAGUUGAUUGAAACCAAGGAUAAGCAAUUGGCUCUUCAGCUUCAACUAAUUGAAGCCAAGGAUAAGCAAUUGGCUCUUAAGCUUGAAUUACUUAAGUCCAAAGAUAAACAGGUGAAUGUAAAUCUGGAGUCAACGGAUAAGCAAUUGGCUCUUCAGCUUCAGUUGACUGAAGCCAAAGAUAAGCAAUUGGCUUCUCAACUUCAGUUAAUUGAAGUCAGGGAUAAGGAAUUGGCUCUUCAGAAUGAGCUUAUCAAUAGCUACAAGGCUAAGAAGAAUGAGAUGGAGAAUGAAAAGGAUAAGGAAAUACUAAGACUUAAGUCUUUGAUAAAGGAAAAAGAUCUUAGAAUAUCGGAUCUUGAACUUAAAAGUACUGCAGAUGGGGCGAAGAUAAAUGAUCUAGAAACGAAGCAAACAGAAUAUAUGAAAAUCUUAGAAGGAUCUAACUGCCUAGGCAAAUCGAUCGCAUCUAUAAUUAAGUUGCCCCACAUCGAGCCAUUCCUCGUGCCCUGCGACUUCAAGAUAGCGGGAUCUGGUUGGAUCGUGAUUCAACGUAGGAUGGAUGGGACUGAGGACUUCAACAGAAACUGGGAGGAAUACAAGGCAGGCUUUGGAGACUUGCAACAUGAAUAUUUCAUAGGAUUGGAGAAGAUUCAUUUGCUUACGCAAUCGCAGCCGCAUGAGUUGUAUAUUCAAUUAGAGGACUUCAAUAAUGAAAUUCGAUAUGCCCGAUACAGCGAUUUCCUUAUUGGAAGCGAAGAAGAAUCGUACAAUAUAAUAAAGGUUGGCGAUUAUUCAGGAAAUGCUGGAGAUCCCCUUCAGUUUCAUUUGAACAUGAAAUUUUCAACAAAAGAUCGUGAUAACGAUACAGCUAAAGCUGUUAACCCGGCCAACGCUAGCCGCAACAGUGCCAAACCCCCCAAAUCCACACCCAACGCCGCCCUGCGCCCUUCGCUAACCGCUUUCUGCGUGCUGCGGCCACUUAAACGCAGCACAGAUUGGCACCGAAUCCGUACGGAAAUGCUGGGACGUCAGGUCGUAGGUCACGGCAUAGGCGCAAAGCUAAUUAGUAUUAAGUGCUCUGGCGGCACUUGA